AUGUACAGAAAUUAUGAUCCAACUGCUUCGCCUGCACUUUCUCAUUAAUCAUAUGAUGAUUAAGAUUAAAAAAUAAAAAAACUACUUAGAGCUAAUGAUAAACUUGUAAAGAAUCAAUUCAUUAUUAGAAUGCUGUUGUUAGAGAAGCACUAGCUGAAAAUGAAUAGCUUAAGGGAAACAUAGAUGUCUUAUACAAAGAAAAUAAAGAUCUUAAUUAAAUUAAUAUUGAUUUAUGUGAAUAGCUUGAAAAAAUAAAAAGAAAUACAAGAUAGCAUUCUAUUCAUGAUAAGACCAUUAAUGAUUAUGAAUAAGAAAUUACAUAACUCAAAUUAUUAUUAUAAGAAAAAUAAAAAGAGGUUAAUUCUUUUAAAAUUAGAUAUAAUGAAGACUUAUAAAUCAAGUUGGAUAUUGUUGAUAAAAGUACUAAUGUAUGUUAUAAUAUUUAAUAUUAUAGUCUAAUAAAUUGAAGUAAUUAGAAGAAUAAAAUUAAUAAUUGAUAUAAGAAUUAGAUUUGAUAACUAAAAGACUCUUAGAAAGAGAUAAUUCUUAAGGAAAUGUUGAUUUUGAAGAAUUAUUAAGAGAAAGAGAUUAAGAAAUUGAAAUACUUACUUAAUAAAUUAUACAAAUUUCAAAUUCUAAAUAAGUUAAAUAAUUUGAUCCAAACAGUGAAAAAAAACAAAUAACUGAAACUGAGGAAUAUUAUGGUUAAAUAAUUAAAGAAUUAUAGUAGAAAAUUGAAUAAUUAAGAAUAAUUAUUAUUGAAAAAGAUGAUUAAUUAGGUUAAGGUUAAAAUUAACAUUUAUUGAUUGAGAUGGAAACGUUGUAAGUUUAAUUGAUAUAAUAUAAAAUUGAAAUUGAAGAACAUAAAACAAGAAUGUUAUAUAUUUAGAAUGAAUUAUCAGAAAAAGACCAUUUGAUUGAGGAUUUAUAAAAAAUAAUAAAAGACUUAACAAAUAAAAUUUAAAAUACUUAGAAAAAUGAUAAUUAAAAUCUAACUCCUAAAAAUCAAAAUAAAAGUCCUAGUAAUCCUUUUAAUUAGAAUUAAAAAGAUCCUAAUAAAAAUUAGAGAAAUCCUGAUGAAGCAAACAAAAAUUAAAAAGAUUAAAAUCCAUUUGAAGAUGAAGAUGAAAAUCCAAUUCCAGGAAAAUAGAAAAAGAAAAAUGCUUUGGAAGGUGCUAAAUAAUUAAAAAUAGAGGAUGAUAUUGUUGAUUAAGAUGAUGAUGCUCCAAAGAAAUAGAAAAAGAAACAUAUUUUAGAAGGUGCAAAAAAAUUAACUGAUGAAGAAUAAACAAAAGAUCUAUAAAAAAUUAUUGAAAAUCUGAAAGCUGAAAAUUAACGACUUUAGUAGGAAUUAAAUAAAACAAUGAUUAAAUUGAAUUAAUAAGAAACACUUUUGAAUGAAUAAGAAAAGUAAUUAAGUAUAUUAGAAUUAAAAGAAAAGGAAAUAAAAUAAUUAAAAGAUUAAUUAAGUAAAAAAUAAAAAUUAGAAUAAGAAAAUAAAUAAUUAUAAAAAUAAGUAGAAGAUUUAGAAUAGAAAAUUUCAGAUUUAACGAUAGAAAUUGAUAAUUUUGAGUCAGAUAGUAGAUUAAAUUAAAAAAAUUAAUAAAAGAAAGAAGCUGAGUAUUAAAAAGCCCUUUAAAAAUUAAAAGAUGAAUUAUUAUCUAAUCAAAAGAAGAUGGAAUAAAUUAACAAAUAAAUGCACGAUGAAACUAGUUUUUUUGAAGAUUAAAUGAAAGAGCUAUAAGAUUCUCUUAAAGUAAAAGAUUAAGAAGUUAGAAAACUUCAAGAAUAAAUUAAAGAAACUUCAAAAACUUUAGAGAAGAGUUCUACUCAAAAUGAUUAAAUUGAAAAGAUGCAUCAAGAAGCUCAUUCUUAAUCUUAACAUUUAGAAGAAUUAGAAUAAAAAAUCUUAUAACAAGAAUAUGAUAUUAAAACUAAAGAAUAAGAAAUCAAGAAAUUAAAAGAAAAAAAUAGGGAUUUAUAAUUAUACUAAUUAAAAUUAAAAGAUUAUGAAGAAAACAUAAAUUCAUUAAAAGAAGAAAUUGAAAGACUUAAUUCUAUUGAUAAAUAGUAAUAGGAAAAUAUUUAUAAAUUAGAGUAGAAUAAUAAAACUAAAGAUUACUAAUUAUAGAAGUAUUAAGAAUAAACUAAAGAAAUGACAAAUAAAGUUAAGGAAUUAAAUGAAGAAAAAACAAAUGAAAUUAGAAAAUUCAUAGUUUAAAAUGAAGAAUUAUAAGAGUAGGUUAGAAAUUUUGAAGUUGAAACCAAAAAAUUAUAGAGCAAUAUUUAAGGCAAUUAAAGAACUCCAGAAAGAGCUACAAAAUUAUAAUAAGAAUUAGAUGAUUUAUAUGAUAAAUUAAAUUAAUAAAUAGGAGAAAAUGGAGAACUUAAAAUUUAAAUUUAGAAUAUAUAAACAUAAAUUAAAAUUAAAGAUUAAGAAAUUAAAAAACUUAAAGAUAAAUUAUCAGAGAAUUAAUAAAAUUAAAAUAGAGAAGAUGAAUUAAAUAAAGAAAUUCAAGAUUUAAAUUAAUAAAUUAGUAAACAUGAAUAAAAUAGCAAAAUUUCUUAAGAUUUAAUUAAUAAAUUAGAAAAUUAAGUAAAAUAACAAGUUUAACAGUUGAAAAAAAAUGAGCUUGAAAAAGAAACUUUGAAAGAUAAUGUUACUAAAUUGGAAAAUUAGAUUGAAGAAUUAGAAGCAUAACAAAUAUAAAUUCAAUAGUAAGAUAAAUAAAAUAAAGAAGCAAUAAAAAAAUUAGAAAAUCAAUUAAAAUAAAAAGAGCGUGAAUUAAUAAAGUUAUAAGAUGAAAAUAAGUUAUAAAUUGAAAAGAUUUAAAGUUUGGAGAAAUUGAUAGAAUAAAUUAAUGAUUAAUUUCAUACAACUUAAUAAUAAUUAAAUGAAACUCAAUUGAAAUUUUAAUUAGCAAUAAGAGAAAAAGAUUUUGAAAUUAAUAAAUUGAAAUAAUAAUUAGGAAAUUAGAAAUCAUCAGAAAUUUAAUCAGAAAUUGAUUAAUUACAUGAAUAAAUAAUUAAGAAAGAAACAGAAUUAAUAAAAGUAAGAGAAGAUACAUUAGAUUUUUAAUAAAAAAUCAGAAAUUAUGAAUUAGAUUUCAAGAAACUCUAAGAAACAAUUAAAGAAUAUUAAAAAAAGCAAGAGAGAUUUUCUUAACUUGAAAUAUAAAUCAAUGAACUAAAAGUAAAAGAUGAAACUAAUUAAGUUUAAAUAGAUGAUCAAAAAUAAACAAUUAAUAAUUUAAAUGCAGUUAUAUAAUCAAAAGAUUAAACAAUUAAAAAAUUAUAAGAAUAACUAAGGGAAUUUACCAAAAAAGGAGAUUAAUUAAUCCCUAUAUAAACAAAAUUGAUUGAAACUGAACAGUAAUUACAUGAGAAUUUGGAAAAAGAAAAAAUAAAUGAAGAAAAAAUUAAAUCUUUAGAAUAAUAAAUCUUAUUGAGAGAUUAAGAAAUUAAAAAAUUAAAAGAUUAAAUAAAAGAAAUAUAAAAAGAUCAUGAAAAAGCAUAGGUUAAAUUAAUAGAAAAGGAAGAUUUGCAUUAAAAAUUAAUAGAACAAUAAAAUAAAAUUGAAGAUUUAGAAAAUCAAAUUGAAGAAUAAAAUAAAGAAAUCAAAAAGAAAUCGUAAGAAUAUUAAAUAUUAUAAGAAAAAGCUUAAUAAUUUAAAAAGUUAGAAGAGAAAUAUAAAAAAUAGUAAAAUAUAAUUGAGGAACAGAAAUAAAAUUAAGAAUUACUUGAAAAUAAAAUAAAGUCAAUAGAAGAGUAACUAUAAAUAAUUGAAGAUGAAAAAACAAGUUUAGAAAAAUAGGUUGAAUAGUUAAAAAAGAAAUUAGAGGAAGAAAAAAAAUAAUAUGAAAAUAAAUUAAAUUAAUAAGCAAAAAUAAAAGAUGAAAUUAUAACAAAAUUAAAAGAGAAAAUAUCAGUGUUAGAAAAGUUAGAAACUUAAUAUUAGGAUUUUUCUUAAGAGUUUGAAGAUUUAAAAGAAGAGUAGAAAUAAAGAAAGAACAAUGAAUCGAAACUUCAAUCAGAAAACAGUAAUAUUCUAAAAUAAAUUAAAUAACUUUAAUAAUAGAUGAAAUAGUUACAAGAAAAGUUGAUAUUAGAAGAAGAAGCAAAUAAAAUAUUAUAAAAUGAAAUAGAAUAAACUAAUUUAAAUAUCAAAGUUAAGGAUGAAAUUAUUUAAAAACUUUAAGAAUAGAUUAAAAAAAUAGAGAAUUCUGUAAAAGAGAAAAAAGAAGAGAUCAAAAAAAUCCAAUAAGAAAAAUCAGAAAGAAAUAGUUAAAUAUCAUAAAUGGAUUUGAUUGAUAGAGAGAAAGAAGAGUUAAAUGAUUAAAUAAAAUAAAAAGAAAAAGUAGAAGAAUAGUUAAAAUAAACUAUAAAUACACUUUAGUAAUAAAUAUCUAAACUAACUAAAUAAGUUCAACAAUUAUCUUAAGAAAAAAUAGAUCUUUAGCAAAAAAUAGUCUAAUUAGCUGACAUAUAGAAUCAAAUUAAGAUUAAAGAAAUAGAAAUUUAAAGACUAGUGUAAAUUGAAAAUGAUUAUACUAAAUAAAAAGAAAAAGUUAAAACUUUAGAUAAAACUGUAAAUGAUCAAAAUUAAAAAAUUAAAAUAUUCCAAGAAUAUGAGAAAUAAACAACUGAAUAAAUUAUUAAUAUAGAGAAAGAUUUAAAUGAGAAAUAAGAAAAUAUUUAAAUUAUGGAAUAAGAAAUAACCAAAUUAAAGAAAUAAAUAGAAGAUUAUUAAAAGUAAAUAACCAAGAUUACUAAAGAGAAAGAAAAUAUUAAUUAAAAAGUGAAAUCAUCAGAGACAAAUUAAUAGAAGAAGAUUGAUAAAUUGGAGGAUGAAAAAGUAGAAUUAUUAAAUGAUAAACAAUCAUUAAAUACAUAAAUAGAAGAUUUAUUAAAUCAAAUUAGAGAACUUUAAAAUAAUUUGGAUAAAUUAAAGAAAGUUGAAAAAGAAAAAGAAGAAAUAAAAAAAGCAAGUAUUAUUUCUGAAAAGAAAUAUAAAGAGUCAAUUAAAGAAUUUGAAAAAGAAGUUUAACGACUUAAAGAGGAAAUUAUAAAAUAAGAAAAUAAUACUUCAAAAGAGAUUGAAUCUUAAAUUGAUUAAACAUAAAAAUUAAAAUAAGAAAAUAAAUAACUUGAACAAACUAUCAAAAAUUUAUAAAAUAAUGAAAAGAAACUAAAAUAAUUAGAAGAGUAAUAUAAAUAAAUAAGUGAAAUGACUCAAAAAAAAUUAGAUAAAAAAGAUCAAAUAAUUGAUGAAUUAUAGAAAUAAAUAAAAAAGUUGAAUGAAUAAAUAAAUAAAGUGAAAGAAGAAUAUGGUGUAGAAGAUUUUGGAGAAGAUGCUGAUGUUGAUAAUAAUAAAACAAAAAAGAAAUAUGAAAUGGAAGCAAAAAAAGAUAAAAAUGAAUAAAAAUCAUACAUAUAAUUGAAAAAAGAUGUUGAAAAAUUAACUUAAAAAGAAGUUGAGUAUAAUUAAACAAUAAAAAAAUAUGAAACAGAAAUUAAGAAAAAGGAUGAAUAAAUAAAGAAAUUGUUGGAGGACAUAUAAAAGAUAGAGAAAAAUAAUAAAGACAAAGAAUUUAUAGAAUAAAUAAAAAUACUUAAAUAAGAAAUAGACUAAAAAAAUGAAUAAAUUGUUAAAUUAUAAGAUUAAAUUCAAAAAUAAUAAAAAGAAAUAAAUAAUCUAAAAUAAAAAGACGAAAAAAAUAGUAAAGCUGAAUAAGAAUUAAAAAAGAAAGAAGAAGAAAUUUAAAAAUUAAAAGAAAAAAUUGAUAAAGAUUAAAAAGAAAACAAUGAAAAAAAGUAAAAUGAUAAAAACUAAAAUGAAAUAAUAAAAAAACUACAAGAAGAUAUAAAAAAAAAAGAAGAGGAAAAUAAAAAAUAUAAAGAUUAAACAAAUGAAAAUAAUAAAUUAAAAGAUUAGAUAUAAAAGUUAGAAAAAGAGAAACCUCUAACAGAUGAUAAAAUAAAAAAAUUGGAAGAUAAAAUAAAAGAACUUCAAAAAUAAAUUAAUGAUUAAAAACAAAAGACUCCUACCAAAAAUAAAGAAGAACCUUAACCUUAAAGUAAUGAAAAAGAGUAUUAUAUAAAAUUAGAGAAGUAAAUAUAUGAACUUAAAAUACAUAUAAUAUAUUUAGAAAAUUUAUUAAAGAAAUAUGGAUGUGAUCCAAAUUAAUUAAAACCUGGAAAUCCAGAAAAUGACUCAAAAAAUGAAAUACACAUACACGAUGAUAAUCAAGGUGAUUAUCAUCCUGAUUUGUAAAAAGUCAAUGUUAUUAAUGUAAUAGAUUAAUUUAUUUUAUUAGAUAAGAAGAUUGAUGGCAGAGUAUAAAUAUGAAAAAGAUAAAUAUGAAAAUAAAGUAGUUUAAUACACUGAUGAACUUAUAAAAUAAAAUAAUUUAGAAAAAGAUGCUGAAGAGAAGAUAAAAGGCCUUGAAGAAGAUCAAUUUGUAUAUCAUGAUCCUGAUGAAGACAACCCACAAUGUUAUAUAUUUAAAAAUGAUGGAGGAUCAAAUAAAAAAAAUAAAUGAAUUUUUAAUAUUCAAUAAUAU